AAAAUGCGCAACAAGCUUCACAAGCUAGGUGCUGCUUCUGGCCGCGUUUUGGAUAUCCAUUGUCCAGCAAGAGGAGCUGUUGCUGUGCUUAUUCAUAUUGGAUAUUAUGAGGAGCUCAAAGUUAUUCUAGAAAAAUGGAAGAUUGUGCCUGUCCAGGAUUUCAAUUCUUUCGAUCCCCAACACCUUCGCGAUCCCAAGCUCCUUGAGACUCUGACCAAUGACGAAGAGCGUAUAACAAAGCUGAAGAAAAUUCAUCAACAACGCCUGGUCCAUGCCUUGGAAUACAUGCGUGUACAUGUUCACCGGCCAGUGGCCCGUGAUUUUGUACAUCGCGGAUGGCUUACUACGAGUAGGCUCAGUCUACUUUCCCAGAUGACACAUUCCACAUAA